CGCUCUACGGCAGCAUUUUUGUGAGUCAAGAAAAUCAUGCAAAGAAGUCUUCUGCUCCGUUGUUCAAAUUCCAUCUUUCGUCCUCCACCAAACUCUCAUCGACUUCGACCACCGUCUCUGAAACGUCAGUCGGCUCCGAUUGCAGCCUCCUCCGGUGCCCAAUUACCUUUAACUUUCUCCCAGAAUUACAGAACUGCCCCCAAUCGCCUUCACUGCUCUGUGAGCGAGUCACAGUGGAAGCAAGAUAGAGAAAUGGCCACUGCAGAUGAGCAGCAAGAUCCUCGUAUAGCCAGAAUCUCCUCUGCUAUAAGGGUCAUCCCUGACUUCCCUAAACCAGGGAUUAUGUUUCAGGAUAUAACAACGUUGCUUCUUGAUACAAAAGCGUUUAAGGAUACUAUAGAUUUGUUUGUUGAGAGGUACAGAGAUAAAAACAUCUCUGUCGUUGCAGGUGUUGAAGCUAGGGGUUUUAUAUUUGGCCCUCCCAUUGCACUGGCAAUCGGAGCAAAAUUUGUACCCAUGAGGAAACCCAAUAAGUUGCCUGGGGAGGUUAUUUCGGAAGAGUACUCUUUGGAAUAUGGAACAGACAAAAUGGAGAUGCAUGUGGGUGCAGUAGAAGCAGGAGAACAUGCAUUGGUAAUUGAUGAUCUCAUUGCAACUGGUGGGACCUUAUGUGCUGCAGUGAAACUACUUGAGCGUGUUGGGGUACAUGUUGUCGAGUGUGCCUGUGUUAUUGAAUUGUUAGGGCUGAAGGGACGGGAACGCCUAGGAGACAGACCGUUAUUUGUCCUUGUAAACUCAACUUAGUCUCGCUGUUUUUAUGGUAGAAAAGCUCCUUUUCGACCCUAUAUUUGUUCCUGAUUGCUGGAGCUCUGCUCAAAUCCAUGUAAGACUGGUUAAAUAACGAACUUGAUGGUUGAAGUGUUGGAAACGGUAGACCAACUAGCUUCCUCCCAGUGUUUAUUUUGGACUGAUUUAAGCAGUAAUAAGUUAGUGGCUGUUUGACAUGCUGGCCGUGUGGAUUUUAGUAAGGUAAUGUCCAUUCUUGAUGUCUGAUGUUUGAGGAUGUUAAAAAAAAAUGUUAAGAUGUGAAGUAACCUUCUUUUUUGCCUGCGUGCUUGAAUGCCUUGUCAUACAAGUGUGGAUGCAAGAGACUCUGUAUUGAUUCUUCUAAUACAUUUGAGUUUUGAAUUCA